GUCAAGAUUAGCAAACCGCUGCAGGUAAAAGGAAGGAGCGACAGAAGACAGCCAACAUUUAUCUUUGCAAGAAAGCGAGGAGUGCGGUGGAAAUGUGACUUUUGUUUUCUCCUCACCCCCGUGCGGCACAACUCUAGCGGCGACGGCUUUUAGUUCUUUUGGAGUCGGGACGAGAGCACCAACACCUUCGGCGCCUUGGAAGAAAGUGUCGCUGUGUCAACCAUCGUUUGGCUCCCGGGCACGCUUUGUAACAACGAGCAACUUGGACAGCUGCGUGUUUUCCAUACAGCUAUCAACAAAGAAUGAAAGCAGUCAAAAGAGCUCUCGCAGAGGAUACUUGCCCGGAGCAUGAGGAGCACACCUCAGCGGACAGCGAUGAUGGCUCCCCGCUCGACCUGUCAGGAAGGGGGCUCUCUGGGAAGCGCCGUCGCCGUGGUAACCUGCCCAAGGAGGCGGUGCAGAUUCUCAAGAGCUGGCUGUACGAGCACCGCUUCAACGCCUACCCGUCAGAGCAGGAGAAACAAAGUCUGUCGAGCCAAACCAACCUCACUGUGCUGCAGAUCUGUAACUGGUUCAUCAACGCACGUCGCCGCCUGCUCCCUGACCUGCUUCGCAAGGAUGGAAAAGAUCCCACUAAGUUCACCAUCUCUCGCAAGGUUGUAGGUAGAAAUGAGGGGCACUCCUCCAGCGGAGGUGGCGUCUCCUUCACAGAAAGCCACUCCUCUCCCAGCCCAUUGCCGGAGCGCCCAUCUGUCAUUCAUUCUGCCCCUGUUUUCGACCUCGGUGUUCUUGGGAGCACAGCAACAGCUAUUCUGACAGGAGCAGGUUACCCUGGUAAGGAAGUGUCAGUCCAGGCACUGAUGAAGCUGGAUACACAAAGUCUGCUGUGGAAAGUGAAAGAACAGGGGGCUUAUUUGGCAAGUCUUGCCAGCAGAAAUACAGCAGCUAGCACCACCACCAAUGGCCUGUUCAACACACCUCCACCAACUCCUCCAGAUCAGUGCGCUCCCCCGGACUUUAGUGCUUUGCGCCUCCUCGCAGAUGUAGCUGCGCAGAAAGCUAUAGAGCUCGAAAACGAGAUGAAGCUGAAGAGCCAGAAUAAACCCACAGAGACUGAACAAGCAGAGUCACAGAGCAGCACUUGUAACCGAGAGAUAGGCCUCACACCUCCUCCAGAAGACAACCAACAAAUCUUGGAUCCUUCCAGGGUGCAGCAUCUAAUGGAGACAGCUAUGACCGUUCCAGCAUCAGAUGUGCCUUCGGGAAAGGAUUUGGUGCCUGCGAGCACAGAAGCAUCUCUUCCAGUCCCAGCUCCAGUCUUUCUCUCAGCUCCAGGGAUAUCACCUCUUCAUAUGAAUAAAGUCAUCGUUUGCCACAUAGAGCAGGAUCAGCCUCAACUCAUUACAGCCCAUCUACCAACCAUGAUGCCAAUACCUGCCUUAGUCUUAAAACAGCAAGAUCCUCACAAACCAGUUGCUGCUCCAGCCUCACCAGCUUCAGCCUUGAGCUCAGUUGCAACUCAGUUGUCCACUACAUGUCCUGCAAGUGUGCCGGGCUCAGUGCCAUCCCCAGUCCUUCUGCCAAUCACAAAUUUAUCUUCCGUCUCUGCAAACCAGGAAUUAUCCACAAAUGUAGCUGUUGUUCCACCCACCAGAGGAAUACCACUUCAGCUGCCGUGUCCCAGGUCCCCCUCAACUCCAGUUGCAGUAGCAUGCCCACUGCCAUCUUCAGCUGUCAUGUCUUCUGAAGCCCCAGUUACAAGCCCAGCAUCUGCCUCUGCCCAGGUUUCAGCCGCUGCCUCAGUUUCGCCCCAGUCCGCAUCUAUCACACCUCCUCUUGGCCUCAGUUCCCAGCACACCGCCUCCCAGCAGCCCACGUCCCCGAGCAGUACCAGCACAAGUAGCAGUAGUUCACAGAGGAAUUCAGCUUCUGUGCCCCGUGUUUGGAGCAUGGUCACCAGGCAAAGCCGCUCCCUGGGGAAAACCCCCAUUAGCGCCGUGUGGGGCCCACUGCACCCGGUGAGUGAAACUGUCAACUAGGAGCUCUUUUUAAAAAAAAAUAUAUAGUUGUGGAGACCAAACACUAGUUUUAGUAUGGACAACACUAUAUUGGAGAAUGUAUUAUUAUUACUUUUUUUUUUUAUUCAUCACCAGUACCUUUUGAUAUGAUAACCUGAGCCUGUAGAAUGUGCAGCGGGGAAUUGAAUAAUCAGAUGCGCAAACUGGGAUGAAGUAAAGUAACCAACAUAAUGGUACUUAUAAAGUGUUUAUUAUGCUGUUUGACAACGGAAGUGGGGUUUUUUGUUUGGUUUUUUUUUUAAAUCACUUUUUCAAAAUGAACAUUCCUGCAGCGUAAAUGCAAAAAAAAAUUUUAAAUUUAUUUUAUCUUUUGUUUUGUUUUUUUGUUGUUUGUUUGUUUGUUUUUUACCUCUUCCCAUUUUUACCAGGAUGUAUUGAUCGCCCACUUUUUGGUGUAAUUGGCACCACCAGCAAAGUUGGCCUCUUUAGUAGCAGUACUGGAUUUUAUUGAAUGUACAAAAGACACUGACUGCGAAACAUCCACUCCCCUCUAGGAUAAAAAUGAGGGCAUGGUUUUGUUUUUUUAAUAUUCACAUCACCGCCUUCUUAGUUUAGUGCAAUGUUUUCUUUUCUUUUUUAUUAUUAUUAUUUUUUCCUUUAAAUUCAUGUCUGUACUGUCUACUUGGGAUGAGAGAAACUGAUUUUUACAGCAGGAAGCUCGGACCCUUUCAUAAUGUAUUCCUAUUGUUCUUUUAGUUAAAAGGGGAGGGACUUGUUGUGUCAACUUUCCGCGAAGUAUAUGCUUUGCUAUUUUUUUUUUUUUUCUACAGUUAUAUCUGUAGUUUUAAUUAAAAUCAGUAUUAUAGUGAUUUAGCCAAAAACACGUUUUUCUUCUAGGCAAUCAUCUGUUAACAUGAAGCCCUCACAACUCCACGAUGCAUUCAGUUUAGUGAGAGAAAUGGUGCUUUUUAUGGUUUAUAAUAUUUAUGGUUUCUAUGUUCCCAUUUUAUUCAGCAGAUAUUUCUCUGUGCACAUAGGUUCUCUGCAAAGCAAAUGUACCACACUCAGUAGCUGACUUUUUGUAUAUUUAAUGUUCUAGUAUUUCCUCAUCUGUGAUUUCCACUUUUAUUUACAAAUGGUUUCUAUAGACUUUCUAAUCAUAAAGUUGUAGUUUCCAUGAAACUGUAUUAGGAUGAACCACAAUUUGUGGCUGAAUGCCAUCUCAACUUUUAACAGUAGCAGUGUUUCUGGGAAAGUUACCUUUGUAUGAGAAUAAUGCUGUAGCAAAACUUAAUCUACAAUACUGUCAUGUUUACCAGUGUUACCGAGCUGUGUUCAGCUCAAACGGUUAGGUUUAUUCUGCGUUUUUGGUUUUUGUUUAAAUAAAUGUGUGGGUUGUAAAUGUUGUCAUACUGCCAAGCAUCGACCAUCACAAUCAUUCCUAGAAAAUACUUUUCCUUUUUUUUCUUCUUUCCUGUCUUGCUCUUGACAGACAUGAAAAUGAACGUGGGAAAAUGGUCGUACAUUUUUAUUUUACUGUUAUUGUUUUGUUUUGUUUCCUCACUGCCAGUUGUAUUUCAGGAUUUUGAUUUUUCUUUUUAAGGCUUUAUUUUGUUCAGGUAUUCUGUUGUCUGAUGUGCAUUUAUACCUCAAUUUACAAAAGUCAUGUCAGACUUGGGUCAUGUCAAGGAUAUUAAGUAUUAAACGCAAUCUUUCUUUCCUUUUUUUUUUUUUUUCUUCAUUUCAUUCAUACUAAAUCAUGUCACUGUGACUACACCUUAAUGGUUGUAAUACUGGAUGGAUGACUAAGGUUUUUUUUGUUUGUUUUUGUUUAAUGGCAGUGCUUUAUAUUAAGUUUCCUGUGAUGUGCUUUUUUUUUUUUUUUCUUUUUUUUUUUGAUGUUUUGACUUAAGCUUUAUAACUGUGUGGCCUCUGUACAGCUACAUGCAUUCAAAACGUGAUCGUUCAGUUUCAUGUGACUCACAACUGAGUGCUGGUAGUAUGGCUGACUGUUGUGCCUUAAACCUACAACUGAUUAAGAUGUCCCAUUUUAUAUUAAAGACUUACACAGUCUGUGCAAUAUAUGCCUUAAAUUUAAAAUGUCUUGUCUUUUUUUUUCUUUUUUUUUGUAUGAGCCUUUCAAAGAAAUAAAAUUUCAAAACUG